AUGCCUGUCACUCCCAAGACUACCAAGAACCACGGCGACAAGCCGUACCAACCUUCGCCUUCGCGGUCGACCGCGAAGCUCGAGCAAGACCGGCGUUGGGGUUUUGUUUACCCCAAAACUCAGUCCGCCGACGAGAAGGAACAAAUCCACCAAGAGGAGUUGGGUCGUACCCACUUCAAGGCCGGUAACGCCUUCAUCGAGCCUCUUGCGAAGGCGUGGCGGGAAGGGAACGUGGCCUCGUUCGAUGGUAUGAUGGCCAACUUCCGUGGUGGUUGGAAGUGGUGUUGUCUUAACUGCUUCGGUUAUGAGGACCGCUUCCACCUCUCCGCCGAACACGACGUCCCCGGGUACACCGACAAGGACGGUAAGGGGUGGUACAACGUCAUGGAGUUCAACGGCAUGUUCGUCUGCCGCCACCCCGUCCCGGAGGCCGGGAAGUCUACCAGCGGCGGGAGCUCCUGCUACUGUUGCCGCGGGACCAAGUUCAAGUGCGCCCCUUUGCCGUCCGCCUACAUGACGGUUUUCGACAAGGACCACGGGGUCGUUACCUGGUACGAGGCAGCGUGCGAGGUCCUGACCAUCCCCAAUGUCCCUCACGAGGUCGCCAUCGCCGUCGGGGACGAGUUGCAGCGGCUCAUGAAUCGCAUGGUCCUCCCCUUACUCUCCAACAAGACCGAUUGCUUGGUGGAGAAUCGGUUCAUCCCCGCCUGGCAAACGUACCGGGACGCGGAGAUCCGGAAGCACAACGAGGAGUGGGCCAAGAGCCACCCCGACGCCGCCUGCAACCCCGAUGGGAGCGUCACCAUCCCCGAGGCCGACGAGUGGCCUCAAAAGGAACCUUACCGACAGUUCCUCUUCCAGGGCCACGGCGAGGACAUCGGGGAGCCCAUCCCUGCGGCGCCCACGGAAGGUCCGGCGGGCGCUGCGUACGACGACGACGUUCUCCGAACCCCCACCCCCUCUCCCCCUCCUUCCCCGACUCCCAAACCCGCUUCCGAUAAGAAGCAGAAGAAGAAGAAGAAGGAGAAGAAGGUUGUGGAUGUCUCGGACGACGACGAAGUCCCGACUUCAUCUCCUUCUCUCUAUUGUUGGCAUGGAGUGAACGCGUUCACCAAACGCCUUGCAAACGUCUCGAACGUCUCCAAAAAAUCACUGAACGCCAACGCCAAAAUGAACGUCUUAGACGUUCGUGGCGUUGGCGUUCGAACGUCUUAG